AUGAAUGGUACAUAUGGUGUCUUUAUCAACUCGUGCCCAAAUCGUUCACGGAAUCAUUACACUGAACGAAAGCGUAUUAGACGAGGUCAAAAGCGGAAUGAAAAAUUGAUGAAUCUAAGUUCAGACAGCGAUGAUGAAUUAUAUGAUUAUCAUAAAGGUGCGGUAAUAUUUAAUAUAGUAAUGGAGAGCGCUUCUGAUAUAACUUCCGAUAGUGACUUUUGCCAACCAAUAUCAGUUGCUCGAGGUGCUAACUGCAGUUGGAUUAAUGAACCCACUAUGAGGAGGUUUAGGUCGCGGAAAAGCCAAGUGCCUUGUGGAAUUGGAGCUCGUGCACGUACACGUCACGGAUCUUCACCUGUAGUAAUGAGAGUUGAUCAUUCAUCCUCUUAUGAUACGGAAACGACGAAUGAUGAAGAUGAUGAUUGGGAAUUUAGGAAUAAAAGGCACCGUUCUCCUCCUCCAUCGUUACUUCGGGGUCUUAGCAUGAUUGAGGAGCUCUCACCAAUCAAUGAUUCGUCGACCGAUAUUCCAAAAGUACCUUCUUUACAGUUGUCAAAAAAUUGGCAUCCAUUAGCUACAUCUACAACAACCUCAAUUGGCUUGCCAAAGACAAAUCCUCAUCAUUUAAAAUCUAUUGCAACAUCAACUCCUACUUUGUCAUCAAUAUCCUCAGGUGGACGACAUCCAAGUUCUAUUCUUAGCAACUAUAAUAACAUGAUUUAUGAUACGCUGGAGAGACCCGCGAGUUUUUUUGAAGAGCAAACUCCUCGAAAUGAUAAAAGCCGACCACAGUCAGAAAUUAUUUCUAACGUUGGCCUAUCAAACAUUAACUGGAAACCAGAUCAUUUUGGAUUACCAGCGCCCUUUGCUCGCCGCAUUGGUUGCAAGGGUAAAUUACAGUUGACAAUGUCUAUUUCUGGUUGUUAUUUGACUGUGAGCGUUGUACGAGCUGUAUAUUUUUUGGACCCUGCUCUUACGCAAGCUUCCUCCUACAUUCGGGUUGAAAUAAAGCAUAAUCCGAUGUAUAUCAAGCGAAUACGUUCAAGUUCUGAAGAUCGGUACGGUUAUGUAGGUCGGGAGAAAAGUUUCCGUACACGUCUCAUCCCUUUGAAUAAUCGUCCACAGUUUUAUGAAAAUUUUACCUUUGAACUGCGACGUCAUCAUUAUCGACAUCACGACUUGUUAAGCGCUAGUGUAUGGAUCACCAAUGCAGAUAAUUCUGCGUGA